GGGAGGUUACCGAGUCGGGGACGCUUCCCUCGGCUUGCGGGAGCGCGGGCUCGGGAGCCGGAGCCUGGCGGGCUCGCCAUGGACCGCGACUUGCUGCGGCAGUCGCUGGGCUGCCACGGCCCGGCGCUGCUGGCGCUGCUGCGGAGCGAGCAGCAGGACAACCCGCACUUCCGGAGCCUCCUGGGCACGGCGGUCGAGCCUGCCCGCGGCGCGGCGCCGCCUCCGGGAACCGGCAGGAAAGAGAAGAGAGUUGACAACAUCGAGAUACAAAAAUUCAUCUCUAAAAAAGCGGACCUGCUUUUUGCCCUGUCUUGGAAAUCUGAUGCAUCUACACCCUCGGAAGUACAUGACGACAAUGACAAUCAUUAUGCAGUCAUGCCACCCUUAGAGCAGUUUAUGGAGAUUCCAAGCAUGGACCGGAGGGAGCUGUUUUUCCGAGAUAUUGAGCGUGGUGAUAUAGUGAUUGGAAGAAUUAGCUCUAUUCGAGAAUUUGGUUUUUUCAUGGUGUUGAUAUGUUUAGGAAGUGGCAUCAUGAGAGACAUAUCUCACUUGGAAAUCACAGCCCUUUGUCCCUUAAGAGAUGUGCCUUCUCACAGUAACCAUGGAGAUCCUUUAUCAUAUUACCAAACUGGUGACAUAAUUCGAGCUGGAAUCAAAGAUAUUGACAGAUACCAUGAAAAGCUUGCAGUCUCUCUGUAUACCUCAUCUCUCCCACCACACCUGUCUGGCAUCAAACUAGGUGUAAUCACUACUGAAGAACUUCCUUUGUACUACAGGAGGAGUGUUGAACUAAAUAGCAAUUCUUUGGAAUCCUAUGAAAAUAUCAUGCAGAGUUCUCUGGGAUUUGUUAAUCCAGGAGUAGUUGAAUUCCUUCUAGAGAAGCUAGGAAUAGAUGAAUCUCAUCCACCAUCUUUAAUGCGAGGCCUACAGAGCAAAAAUUUCUCUGAAGAUGAUUUUGCUUCAGCAUUAAGAAAGAAGCAGUCGGCAUCUUGGGCUUUAAAAUGUGUGAAGAUUGGGGUCGAUUAUUUUAAGGUUGGACGCCAUGUGGAUGCUAUGAAUGAAUACAAUAAAGCUCUGGAAAUAGACAAACAAAAUGUGGAAGCUCUAGUAGCUCGUGGAGCAUUAUAUGCAACAAAAGGAAGUCUGAACAAAGCAAUAGAAGAUUUUGAGCUAGCAUUAGAAAACUGCCCAACUCACAGGAACGCAAGAAAAUACCUCUGCCAGACACUUGUAGAAAGGGGAGGGCAGUUAGAAGAAGAAGAAAAGUUUUUAAAUGCUGAAAGUUACUAUAAGAAAGCUCUGGCUUUGGAUGAGACUUUUAAAGAUGCAGAGGAUGCUUUGCAGAAACUUCAUAAGUAUAUGCAGAAAUCUUUGGAAUUAAGAGAAAAACAAGCUGAAAAGGAAGAAAAGCAGAAAACAAAGAAAAUAGAAACAAGUGCAGAAAAGUUGCGUAAGCUCUUAAAAGAGGAGAAAAGGCUAAAGAAGAAAAGAAGAAAAUCAUCAUCUUCCUCUUCAAGUGUUUCUUCUGCUGAUGAAUCCGUUUCCUCUUCCUCAUCUUCUUCCUCUUCUAGUCACAAACGGCAUAAGAAAAAUAAGAGGAGUCGUUCAGAGUCUUCUCGCAGUUCAAAGAGGCACUGGCCUAGGACAUCUUCAGGUCACAUCGAUCAGAAUAGGAAAGAUGAUUGCUACCCAGUUCCAACUAAUACUUCAGCAUCUUUCCUUAAUCAAAAACAAGAAGUAGAGAAACUGCUGGAAAAGCAGGAUAAGUGUUCAAAUGCACAGGUAAAAGAGAAAGAGAAAUGCCUUCUCACAUCUUCAGUUGAAGUACCAGAUGAUUUGGGAGGUAGGUCAGAUCUUUACAAUAGCUAUAAAACCCAGGCAGGUACUAGCAAAACUGAAAAGCCAUAUAAGUCAGAAAGACAUUUCUCCAGUAGGAGAAAUUCCUCAGAUUCAUUCUCGAGAAAUUCAGAGGACAAGAUGAAAGCAUCUAGUUACCGGAGAUUUGAAAAAGACACAGAGGGAAGAAAAGAUUACUCCAGGAGGUGGGAGCCAAGUUCUGGGAAGUACUCCACUUCACCAGCAAGUUUGGACUACUCUUGGAAGUCACUUGAAAAACACAAAAAAUGCACUUACUCUGGACCACAUGCACAUGAUGUUGGUAGACAUGAGCAGCGAUGCCAGGUAAACACAAAUCAGGGAGAACAUGCAUAUGAAAAGGGGGACAGUUGUGGGGAGAGUAACAAAACUGAGGCUCCAGAAGAGACACUGAAUAGCAAAGAGCAAUCAGAAAGCAGGGUUAAGAAAAAUUUACCUCAAAAUUUACUCAAUAUAUUUAAUCAGAUAGCUGAAUUUGAGAAAGAAAAAGGAAGUAAGCCCAAAAAGUGAUCUGCAAAGGAAGUUUUUAGAAGUUUGAGAUGCUUUAGUGCUAUAACAGUUCUGAGUCUAAAAUUAUUUGUAGCGGAUUACAAGAAGCUCAGUUUUGUUUAAGUUGCCAGCCCCUUUGUCAGUCAGUGUGGCCGGUAUGUGGAUACAGCUUUUAACUGUGACAAGUCAAACUCUCACCUACAGAUACUUUCUGAGCACUUUGUUUCUUCAUUGUAUUGUGGUUUGUGAGAAUCCUGGCCUAUCAUAUCUCACUGUUGGAGAAAAAUGUUUGCAUUGAACAUUUGGAUUGUUUAUCAAAAAAUAUUUUGUUCUGUGUUUUUGUUAAAAGCCCUUAGCUUUUGGUUGAAUGUUCCUUGGUACUAUUUUAAAUCAUUUGUUUUUGGUAUUAAAUUUUUGUACCAUUUUAUUUUUAAGUGAUAAAUUAUGACUUGAGUUACCUCUAAAGCUUUAUGUAAGUGGUUUGUGAACAUUGUUUCUUCCCAGCUUAACAAAAUACCAUAAGAAUAAGACCUUGAAAAGUGGUUGCUUAA